CUUGCUUCCUGGAAGAUAAAGCAAAAGCUGCAGAGAAGCAAGUUCUUGUGCUGGCUGGGGUGAGAAUUUCGAGAGGAAAAGACAGAGAAGGAAAGGGGAAAAGAAAGGAGUGAGAUCCUGCCUAGCCUGAGAACUAUGCCAGUCUGUGGUCAUGAUCCUGCCAGCCAUUCAUCUUCCCCUCCUCCUGUUGCUGGUGAUGGACAUGGGGGGCACUAUGCCCAGUGCCCGGGCACCUCCCCGGGGCUGCUAUGUGGCAGAGGAAGCUGGUGAGCGUACAUUCCGUUGCAGCCAGGCUGGCCUGGUUGCUGUGCCUCUAGGCAUCCCAAAUGACACCCGUAAACUCUACCUAGAUGCCAAUCGGCUGGCAUCUGUGCCUGCUGGUGCCUUCCAGCAUCUUCCUGCCCUGGCUGAGCUAGACCUGUCACACAAUGUCCUCGUCCGCCUCUCAGAUGCUGCCUUCCAGGGUCUGGGGAACACCCUGAGAUACCUGGAUCUCUCUGCCAACCAACUGACAUCUGUGCCCGCUGAGGCUUUUAGGGAAUUACAGAUCCAAGUGAACCUGUCUGCCAAUCCAUGGCGCUGUGACUGUGCCCUUCAGGAGGUGCUGAGAUGGGUGAGGUUGGCACCUGGCACUGGGGCAGGCAUUGUCUGCGGACCAAGUGCCCGGCCAGAGCUGGUAGGACGGGAGUUUCUGUCACUGAUAGAGGAGGCAGAAAUGUGUGGGAGCGGGAGAGGUGGCGCCCGGCGAGGCACAGAUGCUGCCCUGCUUGUCACCAUGGGAGGCUGGCUGGCACUAGUCGUGGCCUAUCUUGUUCACUACGUGCGUAGGAACCGGGAAGAGGCCCGUCGUCCACCAAAACCGCCUCCUCCCCUGCCAACCCGCUCUGAGGAUUCAUCCGUGCUCAGCACUGUUAUGUGAUGCUUGGAUCAUUCCCUUCCCUUUCACUCCUGGGCACCUCUGCUCUGACCGUCUUCUCUCAUCCUCUCUGCCCUAGACCCCUUGUUUUCCUAAUGCUGUUGCUCCAUCCACUUCUGUCUCUCCCAUUUCUAUUACCUAAACCUCUUCUCUGUCCCAUCUUGACCAACUCUGCUUCCCCUAAGUAUUUACCCUCUUCCCUCUGUGUCUCAUCCUUUCUCCACUCAGUCAGCUAAACCUUAGUCUCCCCUGCCCCAAUCUCCUGCCCCAAAGUUCUACCUUCCUUAGUUUAUCCUUUGUCCUUCCCCUAGCCAGCUCUAGUUCCAAUCCUGUCCCCCAUGCAGAAUCCCCACGUCUCUUAUACACAGGGCACUAGAAGGAAAAAUGGUGAAUCUGACAGUGUUCAUGUGGAGGGGGUAGAGGAAGGGGGCAUC